GGCACCGAUGUCGACAAGCUCAAGAUCUACAUGGCCAAGUACCACUCGCCUACGAGUCAGCAGCAGCAACAACAACAACAGCAACAACAACCACAAGGAAAGAUCAGGUGUGCGCAUUUGCUGGUCAAGCACAACCAGAGCAGGAGGCCCAGUUCUUGGCGCGAGUCCGAGAUUACCCGCACCAAGCAAGAAGCCCUCACUACCCUGCAAGGUUUCGAACAGCGCAUCAAGUCCGGCUCCAUUUCCCUCGGCGAGCUGGCCCUGACCGAGUCCGACUGCUCCUCUGCUCGGAAGCGGGGCGACCUCGGCUACUUUGGACGCGGCGACAUGCAAAAGGAGUUUGAGGAUGCCGCUUUUGCGUUGAAGCCCGGCGAGAUCAGCGGCAUCGUGGACACGGCUAGUGGGUUGCAUUUGAUUGAACGGCUCGAGUAGGAUCCCGACACGCCACGACAACAAAUCAUGACCACUACCUCUGAUGAAGAGGAACUUCAAAGGGCGCUGAGAGCGUGCAUGACAGUGUAGGAAACAAGACAUAUUAGGGGUUCCGCUUCUAGCGCGGCGCUUUGCGAUGGUACGAAGGAGAGGAGGAAUUCGAGGGAUGAGACCGGGAGCACGACUCUUUAUACCGAAGACCAAAAGAUGAUGGCCGCGAUGAUGCAUUACGCCAUUAUGCGGUCACUGGAACUUUGAUAAUGUCGGAUUAUUGUACGCAGUACGAAGAAGGCAACGAGGGCCAGCCAGGGAACGCUGAUUCCAAUUUUCUCAAUGGUUCAAGUGCUGAUUGGGG